AUGGAAUCGUGCAUUUCUGAAAAAUUGAAUCCAGUUGUCGGAUCGAAUGACAUCAUAAAUGUUAUUGGUGAAUCAUUAUGGACCAAAGAAAUGAUACCAACAAUUUCAAUCGCCGAGAACUUUGGAAUCAGUAAUGAUAAUAUUAAAUCUUAUUUUUUCAUCGUAGAAGUUUCUCAAGAAUGUAAUGAUAAUGAUGCAUGGAAUAUUCUUCAAGACAUGUGGAAGAUGAAUUUACUGUCAUCCCUAUUUAUUUGCCGUGAUACUGAUAAGACUGUUACAUUAUAUACGUACAAUCCUUAUGCUCAAUAUGCACCACACCCAUGGCAACAUGUGAACUCUAUAUUCAAGAAGCAAGGUCAACAAUGGACAUUAUUUAAGAAGUUAUACUCAUCAGGUCGGCAUGGUUGCAACAAGUUGUUUUUUGAUAAAACAAAACUCCUAAAUGGAUCUGAAGUCGUCACUAUAAGACCUUAUUUUCGUCGUAUAGUAAACGUGACCCAUGAUGUCGACUCGAUAAAAAAUAUAAUGCCAUACCAUACGAGAAUGACGUUUAAAGAAAUUGUUUUUGUUUUAAACGAAGAUCUCAGUGUAAGACGCUCUGAGAGACUAGCAGCCAAGAAAAAUAAUAUCCUCUUUAAGUUCCCAAAUUUCAGUACCACUCAAUAUGAGUCUUCUUUUGUAAUAACAGUUAUACGAUUAUGGGAAGAAUUACCGGAGGAUAUUAUAAAUUCUUCAAGCUUGGAGGUUUUCAAAAACAAAAUUUUUGAUUAUUUAUUUAAUCUAGAUGUUUGA